AUGCAAGGACUAGAACAGACCACCGUGGCAGUGGUUCCUGGAGGCAAUCAGCCCUCAGAGAAGUCUGUUAUGAAAUCAGAAAUGUGGAAUGAAAACAAAAAGAAAUUCUUGAAAGGGGAACCCAAAGUCCUCGGGGUUGUACAAGUUAUAAUUGCUCUCAUAAACCUCAGCAUAGGAAUAAUAAUGAUGAAAACUACAUUUUUUACACCACCCAUUUCAGUGAUCUCAAUGGCCCAAAUUUGGGGACCAAUAAUGUUCAUUAUCUCAGGAUCCCUGUCAAUUGCAGCAGGAGUGAAAACUACAAAGAGCCUGGUCAUCAGUAGUCUAACUUUGAACACUAUCAGCUCUGUGUUGGCUGCAGCUACAAGCCUUAUUAGUUUCUUCAGUGUGCUUAUUGUUAUAUUUCAUUAUGAUUAUGAAAUCACCAGGGGUUUGGAUGUUUUGAUGUUAAUUUUAAAUAUGCUAGAAUUCUGCAUUGCUGUGUCCAUUUCUGCAUUUGGAUGUAAAGCUUCCUGUUGUAACUCCAGUGAGGUUCUUGUAGUGCUACCAUUAAAUCCUGCUGUGACAGUGACAGCACCUGCCAUGACGUUUCAACCAUUGCUGCCAUCAGAACAACAAGGGAAAAAUUUUUCAGAAAAUAUAUACAAGAAUCACCCAGGAGAAAUAGUCUAA